AUGCCUCCUCCAUCAGCUACAGGUACAGAAACGGCAAGCUCUAGUUCCGCUGCCGUGCAAGUUAACGCGCAAGUGAUGCCCCCUUUCCCUCGACCUCCGGUUUUCAAAGACAAGUAUAAAGAACGACAAUAUCUGAAAGGGAGAUUAGCUGCUGCCUUUCGAAUCUUCGGAAAGUAUGGCUUUGACGAGGGUGUUGCCGGCCAUAUUACGCUCCGGGACCCUGUCGAUCCCACAACAUUCUGGGUGAACCCCUUUGGUGUCGCCUUCUCUCUCAUCAACGCCUCCGACCUUAUUCAGGUUGGCCAUGACGGAAGGGUGAUUGACGGCGGGAAGUGCAUAACGCGCGGCCAGAUGUGGUUUGCGCUGCACACAGCCAUAGUAUCUAUGGACGCACAUUUUGUGCUCUUGGGAAAGUCGUUGGAUAUGACGACCCAAGACUCCUGUGCCUUCUACAAUGAUCUCGCUAUCUAUAAACAAUUCAAAGGCGUCGUCCUUGCUAAAGAGGAGGGUGAAAACAUCGCAAGCACGCUAGGCAACAAAAAGGCCGCCCUUCUGCAAAAUCACGGUCUUUUGACUGUGGGCAAAACGAUUGAGGAGGCGGUAUUCUGGUUCAUCUCUCUGGAGAGAUGCUGCCAAUCCCAAUUGAUGGCGGAUGCCGCAGCAGCGGGUCGCGGCAGUGUGACCGUGAAAAUCGAAGAUGAGGAUGCGCUCUUUACCUAUAAAACCAUUGGCACUCCUGGAGCAGGCUACUUUAAUGCGAAACCCCUGUUCGAUGUCAUCCAUAAGGAAACAAAUGGAGAGUAUUUGCAAUAA